AUGCCAGCAUAUAUUCAUUCAGAUCGAGGAGCAGCUUUUCUCUCUCAAGAGCUCACAACUUUCCUGUGUACCCGAGGCAUUGCCACUAGCCGUACAACGCCCUAUAAUCCCGCAGGGAAUGGUCAGGUCGAACGGUAUAACGGAAUUAUCUGGAAGACUGUCCAGUUGGCUAUAAAAACAAGAGGAUUGAAAUUAGAACAGUGGGAAGCUGUAAUAGCUGAUGCCUUACAUUCCAUUCGGUCUUUGCUAUGUACUGCUACCAAUUGUACACCAAACGAACGAUUUUUCGCUCAUCCUCGGCGCUCUUCAAAUGGUGGAACACUUCCGUCAUGGCUCAGCUGCCCCGGGAAAGUCUUCAUAAAGAAACAUGUACGUGCUUCAAAGUACGAGCCAUUAGUGGAAGAAGUGGAUUUAGUCGAAGUAAAUCCUGAAUACGCUUUAGUACGCUAUGAAAACGGUAGAGAGUCAAAUGUUUCGUUAAGAGAUCUAGCACCUGUGGGUGACAGAACAUUAUAUGAAGAACCUUCAGACAGAAUAGAUCCAAAAACAACACUUCAAGACACUCCAACCACAAGUGAGCCAAAGGAAGAGAUGAUUCAAACAGAUGCUAGUACAGAAGGAACAUCAAAUGAACUUGAUGGACCUCUGAGAACCACCAGAAAUAAAUCAACCCCUAAAUACUUAAAAGACUAUGUCACUAAUUAA